UCAAAUAAAAACUAAUAACUCCGGCGAUACUUACUACAAGUUCUACAUCGUAUCGUAUAUAAAUAAAAAAAUGUUCUCUUACGAUUAUUUAAUUUUACUUAGUAAUAUUUUAAUUGUAGCAGUACACGCACACUCUCAAAGUCGACCAAGCCUUGGAAUAUCAUCAUGUAGUUAUGUUGGUGCUGUCCAUGUAGAUUGUGGUUCAGAGAAUGUCAGUAUUCCGGAAAUACCAAAUGAGUGCACGGCUAUAAUUUUUGAUGGAUUUAAUAUAGAUUCAAAUAACCAAGUCAAUGGACCUAGCGGAGAAGAUAAUUUAUUAGAUGAAUUAGACUUAUUAUUGAAAAGUUCUAAGAAUGUAUUUAUAUUGUACGGACAUGAAACUGAAGAAGACUGGGCUCAAGUACUUGCUACUGAAAUAAGUAAUAAUGCAACAAACUCAACGAAUGAAAUGAAAGGCUUAAAACCUUUUUUGGACAAGCAUCCGGGGAUAAAAGGUCUACUUAUUAAUAAUUUAGAACUUGAUGCAAACUCCGUAGAUUUUCCCAAAUACUCGGAAAAUUUCAAAGUUUAUCUUGAUACAAUGAGAUCGAAUUUUUCUAAUAUGUCUAUUGGCCUUUUAUUAGUAGGAAAAUUUAUAGUAGAUCAGUAUACCAAACCAAAAUUAACUUGGUUGAAUUUUACAAUAAUAGAUCCGUCAGUAGAUUUCUACAUGAUUUCUGUAGUGACCUUUAAUGAAUGCACUGAUCAAUUCAGACUUCUUGGAACAGCACCAAUAGGAGUACUUACUUCAAAAAAUAAUACAGGUUCAACGAAUUCAUCAAGCAAUGGUUCAACGAAUUUAACGAUGCCAGUUACAAACUACACAUUGAGUAAUUUAAGAGAUAUUUUAGUGGACCUAUCUGUUCCAAAAAAUAAAACAUAUUAUAGAUAUAGAUUGGGCCCAUUGAGCAACGAUGACACACUUGAUGGAAUGUGUGCAUCGACUGUUAACAAGAUAUGUUUAAAUUCAACUGAUUCAAGUUCUUGGUGUUACGAAACUUUAGACUCGUUUAAUGCAAAAGGUAAAUUUGCCAAUGACAAUGGAGCAGGAUUUGUAGUUAAUAUUAUAAAAUUAGAUGAUCCUAAAAAUGAUUGUAAGUGUGGACCAUACCCUUCGUUUAACGCUAUUCUAGAUGGUUUUAAUGGUAAGAAUACUAAUAUCACAAAAGAAUGUGCUUUAUCAAACAGAUCUUAGAAGAUAUAGCUAAACAAUUUUUGGACGAUAUGCAUCACCUCAUAUUUAAUCAUUUUGUAUUGUU